AUGCUCCCCAACUACAACAACCACUGGCAAGAAGCCAGAAAUAGAAACACUAAUCGUCAACCAAACCAAUAUCACGUACCCUACAACGGCCCUGUCUUCCAUCGACCUCUACCACAUACCAAUCGCCGACCACCAACCAACCCAUCCAGCUAUAUCCCACCCCAUCGCCGACCUACCUACAACACAGCCUACCAAUCAAGAGGUAACCAUCGACCUGACCAACAACAGAAACGACUACCAGCCCACCGACGCCAACCAGUCCCCACUCAUAAGGAGGAAGAACCCUUUGUGAAGGUGUUCUUCCAAGUUUUGCAGUGCCUCCAUCAUUUGGCAAUCCUUACCCUUCAACAGCAAGGCCAACCAGCGUUUACCUUCAAACGCAAAGUCUCUGGGUUGGAUAGUUUUAUCCGUCCAGCAAUGAAAACAUCAGCUGUCGACGCGAAUAUUAGAUCCCUCAAUCGGACAUGGCUCUGUAAGGUUACGCAGGUCUUGAUCGACCAUUACCAAACCACACUUCAAGAGAAGCUGACCACCAUUCGUACCAAGUCUUUAUCAUCACCUGCCGUCGACCGCAUCGUUUCUCAUGCCCUGUCCUGGGCCCGUCGCUCCUAUGGGAAACGUCUCACUCAAGCUGUAAUUUCCAAAUUCUACCAAACAAUCAACGAAACAAAAACCAGAGUAACCAUAUCUCUACCAACUGAAAUGGACACUACACCUGCACCAUCUAGAGCUACCACGCUGCCGAACCAAACCCCUAAACGAGCCCGAAGUUCACCUACUCCUAGUCCAGCAGACAUAGCGGCGGGUGCAGCAACUGGUGGGAUAUCUGCCGCAGUCAAAGCUGCCAAUGCAAAGAAAGCAGAGGAUUCUAAAAACGCUGAAGAACGCAUACAUAAUUUAAUAAUGGAAAAGGAAGCACAGAAAGCAGAUACUGCAAAAAAAGGUUCAGGAGUGAGAGAUAUGAUAGGCACAAUAAAAGAAUUUGGAAAAAGAUUUGGGGAAGAAACCAAGAAAACUGUUAAACAAGGAUUAAAUAAAUUAGUAGAUAGUAUUGACACAGGAGAAGUCAAAGUCAAACAUAAGGAAAAUCUACAAACUUUAUUUCAACCAAUAUUAAAAACUCAAGAGGAUAUUAAAAAGAAAUUAGCUUUAGAAUAUAGACCUUCUAUAGAACCUUAUAAAGAUCACCCAGAACCGAAUCAAUAUGGUGUUGAUGAAGCAGAUGAUGAAGCAGAUGAUGAAUAUGAAGAUGAGGUAUCAGAUGAUUAUGCUGAAGACAACAAUCCAAUCAUACAAGAAAUAGACGAAUUCGAAGAUAUGGUAUCAUGA